UCUCUCUCUCUCUCCCUCUCGUACUGACACUUCGAGUAGAGCGCCAAAAAGUUUCUUGGUUCAUUGAAUCCAUCGAAGCAACCCGAACCGACCCAUGCGAUCCGGACCCCCCCGAAUCACCUCUGACCGCAUGUUCUUUAAUCGUACGGCUGAUAUCAGUCGGCUAAGUAGUUACCUAUUUUCUGCCUCUAGUGGUUUUUAUCAUAAACCCUAGCCCCCACGAUAGAGAUAGAUAGCUUCACCCUCUGUAAUCUCCUCUCUAUCUCUCUCUCUCUCUCUGCAACUGCAACGACUCCAGCAAGAUUUACGUGAAACGCCUUCAAUCGCCCAAUCUUCAGUCUCCAGAGAAAGAAGGAAUUUCUCUCUCCUCCUUUCUCUCUCUUCGUAAAGAGAACCCAGAUCUUAGCUUCAAGAUUUCUCUUUCUUUCUUUCUCAUUUUCUUUUGUAGAAUCGUGGGAUUUUUCUAUUUUCUAUUUCUGGGCUUUUAUGGGAUUCUUUUAAUCUGAGUCCGAUUCUUUGAUGGGUUUCUUGCAACGUAUCUUGUUUACGUGGCCGUACUGUUUACUUUUAAUUAUUUGGGUCUGAAUCCGAGUCGGAUACCCUCUUUCUUUUUACUCGGUGAGUUGUUGUUUCUAGAUCUGAGUAAAGAGCAUGUUCUUGGCGAUUCUCUCUUCCCUCUUUGUUUUUUUGAGGUAGUAGAGUCGUGUACGGUGCACUAACUCGGUUUUCUUGUAAGCAAGCUCGUUGACUCGGCGUUUCUGACUGGGAACUCGUUGAGUCGGUAACUCGGUGAGUUCUGGGUAGGAAGAUCGAGCCGCGGUUAGGGCUGAACAGUAACCGAGCGGCAAUAAUGCCGUCGGUGGGGAUGCGUCGUACAACUAGAGUGUUUGGGGUAGUGAAGGGCGUCGAUGGUGCCCGAGUUUUGCGUUCGGGGCGGCGUCUUUGGCCGGGAUCAGGUGACUCCAGGUUCAGGAGAGCCAACGAUGGCGACGAGUGGUUACACACCAUGAUUAAAACCACGGCAAAUAACAAGAAUCACCAUAACCAUAGUUCUGUCAAGUACAAAGAAAAUGUAUUGCCCACCCAUGAUUCUAAAUCGAACCCAGAAGCGCCCGCUGUUGAUAUUCAAGUGCCCAAGAGAGUGAAGAAUGAGAAUUUGAAAGAUACUGAGAACAAGAUGUUUGGGAUUGUUUACAGUAGGAAAAGGAAGAGAGUGGGUGGGGAAAGGCAGGAUGAUUCGGGGAAAAUGUAUGGGAUUCAGUUCUCGCGAAGGCAGCGAAAGAAGCACGGGGACAGUGACAGUUUUGUGGGUUUUGAGCGAGCGCUUCUAGUUAUUGUCCUUGAUGGUUCGUACAGUAGUGGGUUAACUCCUUUUUUGAAUUCGGUUUUGGGGUAUAUUAGGAGGGCUAGUAUGAGGAUCUCCGAACUUACUGCUUUUUUGUCGUCUGAACCUUUUAACAGUGCUUUUGCUUCACAUGGAAUUCGUUUUCUACAGGAUACAACUGCCAAUAGAACUGGAAUUUGCAAGAUUUUUGGGGCUCGGAGUAAUGUGCCUAUGUUUUCUUUGGAUUUUUCUGCAGUUCCUUUCUGUUUUGUGUAUAUGCAUCUCUGUUUGCUACUUAAAGUUAAGUGUCUCUCUCUUGUACCGGCGAGUACCACUUUGGAAGAGGACUCGUGUGAUGAAAUGAUGAAUGAAUGUGAAGAAGAUUCUUUAUGUGGCCUUGUAAAGAAUCAACCAGAAGCUGACAACUCUGGAAAUAAGGUGGUGUUACAUCCAUCUGUGAGAGCUUCCAAAUUAGCAGGCCGGAACAACCAAUACAAAAGUGGCAUAAAUUCUCGUGGUAUCCAGAAGAGGAGGAGUUCACUUAGGAGGAGAAGAGCUAGAAAUCCUUCCCUGGGUGUUGUGCACAAAGCUAAUGGUGCUUUAGUUUCUGAUCUAGCAAGUAGUAGGAAAUUUGGUUUCCCUUUUUCUUCUGUAGUGUCUAAAAAUAAGCUAAGGAGUUCACUACGGAGUAGUGCUGCAAGAAACCUCCAUGAAGUAAAUACUAGUAUGGUAGAAGUAACUCAGGCCAUGGACUCAUCCAAGUGCUCUGCAAAUAUCCUGGUUAUUGAAUCAGAUAGAUGUUACAGGAUAGAAGGGGCCACUGUCACUCUAGAAAUCUCUGAUUCAAAAGAAUGGUUGCUUGUAGUGAAGAAAGAUGGGCUGACCAGGUACACACACUUGGCACAAAAGAGCAUGCGACCUUGUUCCUCAAAUCGUUUUACCCAUGAUAUAAUAUGGACUGGGGAGGAAAGUUGGAAGCUAGAGUUUUCUGACCGACACAACUGGCUCAUUUUCAAGGAUCUCUAUAAGGAAUGUUCUGAUCGCAAUGUGGCAGGUCCUAUUUUUAAGACCAUUCCUGUGCCCGGAGUAUGUGCAGUUUUGGGAUAUGAAGAUGGCAAUAGUUUAUGCUUUUCUAGACCAGAUGCAUACAUUUCUAUAAACAAUGAUGAGGUAGCUAGAGCUCUGGCUAGGAGGACUGCAAUUUAUGACAUGGAUUCUGAAGAUGAGGAAUGGCUAACAAAGUUGAAUAGUGAUAUAAUUGUUGCAUUUGAUCAUCAAGCCCCUCUCUCAGAGGAUAGUUUUGAGUUAAUAAUUGAUGCCUUAGAGAAGGGUUUUUAUUGCAAUCCAGAUGAUUUUGUAGAUGAGAAAGCGGCUGUAAAUCUGUGUAUAGAUUUGGGUAGGAGGGAAGUAGUUGAAGCUGUGUAUGGUUAUUGGAUGAGAAAACGAAAGCAAAGACGGUCAUCACUGCUUAGGGUUUUUCAGGGACAGCAAGCAAAAAAAGCUCCAUUGAUUCCAAAACCUGUUCUUCGUAAGAGAAGGUCAUUCAAGCGACAAGUCAGCCAAUUUGGAAGAGGAAAGCAACCUAGUCUGUUGCAAGCAAUGGCUGCCGAACAUGAUGCGUUGGAAGAACAGAAUGCUCUGCGCAAAGUAGAAGCAGCAAAAACUGCAGCGAAGAGGUCUGUGGAAUCUGCUAUUCUUAAACGCCGGCGGGCUCAGAUUCUUAUGGAGAACGCUGAUUUGGCAAUUUACAAAGCUAUGGUGGCGCUGAGAAUUGCUGAAGGUGUGUGGAGCAAUCAAGGAGAUGUAUUUCGAAAGAGUCAGAGAGAGGAUGAUGAGGAAGAGCUGAAAUGGGCUGCAAUAGAGAGACUGCCAACGUAUGAUCGAUUGAGGAAAGGAAUACUGAAGCAGGUUUUGGAUAAUGGAAGAAUUGACUUUGAGGAGAUAGACGUGACCAAUCUUGGUAUUCAAGAUAAGAAGCAAAUCAUGGAGAGUAUACUUCAAGUGGUUGAAGAGGAUAAUGAGAGAUUUCUUCUUAGGCUUAGGGAAAGAACUGAUAGGGUGGGAAUUGAGAUUCCUAAGAUUGAAGUCCGGUUUGAGAAUUUGUCAAUAGAAGGAGAUGCAUAUGUAGGAACCAGGGCUCUUCCAACACUGGUCAAUGCUGCUAUGAACACAGUAGAGGGGAUUCUUGAGCUACUUAGGAUUUUCCCAUCUAAGAAGAGAGUUGUCAAGAUACUCCAUUCUGUGAGUGGAAUAGUAAAACCAUCAAGAAUGACACUGCUUCUUGGACCUCCAGCAUCUGGCAAAACUACAUUACUGCAGGCACUUGCCGGAAAGAUGGACAAGGAUCUAAGGUUAUCAGGAAGAGUCACUUACUGUGGUCAUGAAUUGCAUGAGUUUGUUCCCCAAAGAACAUGUGCAUAUAUAAGCCAACAUGAUCUUCACCAUGGUGAGAUGACAGUAAGAGAGACAUUGGACUUCUCCGGGCGAUGCUUGGGAGUUGGAACUAGAUAUGAAAUGUUGGCAGAGUUGUCAAGAAGAGAAAAAGAAGCAGGAAUAAAACCAGAUCCUGAAAUAGAUGCAUUCAUGAAAGCCACAGCAAUUACAGGCCAAGAAGGAAGUCUAGUUACCGAUUAUAUUCUCAAGAUCCUUGGAUUGGACAUCUGUGCUGAUAUUAUGGUGGGAGAUGGGAUGAGAAGAGGCAUAUCUGGCGGACAAAAGAAGCGUGUCACUACAGGAGAGAUGUUGGUUGGACCAGCAAAAGCUCUUUUCAUGGAUGAAAUAUCAACUGGUCUAGACAGCUCAACUACUUACCAAAUUGUCAGGUUUAUGAGGCAAAUGGUUCACAUAAUGGAUGUGACCAUGGUAAUAUCUCUUCUGCAACCUGCACCUGAAACAUAUGAACUCUUCGAUGACAUCAUCUUACUAUCAGAGGGUCAGAUAGUGUACCAAGGUCCACGAGAGAAUGUCCUUGAAUUCUUUGAAAGUGUUGGCUUCAAAUGCCCAGAAAGGAAAGGAGUUGCAGACUUCUUGCAAGAGGUGACUUCCAAGAAGGACCAAGAGCAGUAUUGGUGCAGAAAGGAGCAACCUUACAGAUAUAUCUCAGUUCCUGAAUUUGUGGAAAGCUUUGGUUCUUUCCACAUUGGUCAAAAGCUCUCCGAAGAUCUUAGGGUUCCUUAUGAUAAAUCUAGUACUCAUCCAGCUGCAUUGGAGAAAGAAAAGUAUGGAAUCGCCAAUAUGGAGCUCUUCAAAGCAUGCUUUGCAAGAGAGUGGCUAUUGAUGAAACGCAACUCUUUUGUUUAUAUAUUCAAGACAACCCAGAUUACGAUCAUGUCACUAAUUGCCAUGACAGUGUUUUUAAGAACUGAGAUGACAGCUGGUGGGCUACAAGAUGGAGGAAAAUACUACGGAGCUUUGUUCUUUAGUCUCAUUAACGUUAUGUUCAAUGGAAUGGCAGAAAUGGCAAUGACUAUGUUUAGGAUUCCUGUAUUUUUCAAACAGAGAGAUUUCUUGUUCUAUCCAGCAUGGGCUUUUGCAUUACCAAUUUGGGUGCUGAGGAUCCCAAUCUCCUUAAUGGAGUCAGGGAUAUGGAUAAUUCUCACGUAUUACACUAUUGGAUUUGCUCCUGCAGCCAGUAGGUUUUUCAAACAAUUCCUGGCAUUCUUUAGUGUGCAUCAGAUGGCACUAUCACUCUUCCGUUUCAUUGCUGCAAUUGGAAGAAUAGAAGUUGUGGCAAACACACUUGGUACCUUUACGUUGCUUGUGGUUUUUGUCCUCGGUGGAUUCAUUGUUGCCAAAGAUGAUAUUCAACCAUGGAUGAUCUGGGGCUACUAUGUUUCCCCAAUGAUGUAUGGGCAGAAUGCCAUAGUCAUCAAUGAAUUUCUUGAUGAAAGAUGGAGUGCUCCAAUUAAUCAUACAGCAGAUUCUCAACCUACAGUUGGAAAGGCUCUUCUGAAAAUGAGAGGGAUGUUCAUGGAGGAAUAUUGGUAUUGGAUUUCUAUUGGUGCACUUGUGGGUUUUUCUCUACUUUUCAACGUUCUUUUCAUAUGGGCGUUGACAUAUUUGGAUCCUUUGGGAGAUACUAAAUCCAUUCUUCUUGAAGAUGAUGAAAGUAAGAAGUCAUCCUCUUUUGGGCAGCAAACAAAAUCCACUGAAAUGGUUUCAUUAUCAAGUGCCCCGCUACUACAUUGUUCUGAUAAGGCAGCGAGCAACACUCCUGACAGACCAGCUGUUACUUCCACGGGGCAUGCACCUACAAAACGAGGAAUGGUGCUGCCCUUCCAGCCCUUAUCACUAGCAUUUAAUCAUGUGAAUUACUAUGUUGAUAUGCCUGCUGAGAUGAAAAGCCAAGGAAUUGAGGAGGAUCGGCUGCAGCUGUUACGAGAUGUUACUGGUGCUUUUAGGCCUGGUAUUCUCACAGCACUGGUUGGUGUAAGUGGGGCUGGGAAGACUACCCUGAUGGAUGUUUUAGCAGGAAGGAAAACUGGAGGAUACAUUGAGGGAAGUAUCAGCAUUUCUGGUUAUCCAAAGAAGCAAGAAACUUUUGCUCGGAUUAGCGGUUAUUGUGAGCAGAAUGAUAUCCAUUCUCCUCAUGUCACUGUCUAUGAAUCCCUCCUGUACUCUGCCUGGUUGCGUCUUGCUAAGGAAAUUAAGGCAGAAACUAGAAAGAUGUUUGUUGAGGAGGUGAUGGAUUUGGUUGAACUGAAUCCACUUAGGAAUUCAAUAGUAGGCCUUCCGGGAGUAGAUGGUUUGUCAACCGAGCAGAGAAAGCGACUCACAAUAGCUGUAGAGUUGGUUGCUAAUCCAUCCAUCAUCUUCAUGGAUGAACCAACAUCUGGUCUUGACGCUAGAGCUGCUGCAAUUGUUAUGCGUACAGUGAGGAACACAGUUGAUACAGGCCGAACUGUAGUCUGUACAAUUCACCAACCAAGCAUUGAUAUUUUUGAAGCUUUCGACGAGCUAUUGCUAAUGAAGAGAGGAGGACAAGUUAUUUAUGCUGGACCCCUUGGUAGACACUCGGACAAACUUAUUGAGUACUUUGAAGCUGUCCCAGGGGUUCCUAAGAUCAAAGAUGGUUCUAAUCCUGCUACAUGGAUGCUAGAAAUCAGUUCUAAUGCAGUUGAAACUCAACUUGGUGUAGACUUUGCAGAAAUCUAUGCCAAUUCUGAGCUUUACCAGAGGAAUCAGGAACUUAUUAAAGAACUAAGUAUGCCGGCACCAGGAUCUAAAGACCUUUAUUUUCCCACACAGUACUCUCAAAGCUUCUUUACUCAAUGCAAAGCCUGCUUCCUAAAACAGCACUGGUCUUACUGGAAGAACCCACGAUACAAUGCCAUCCGAUUGUUCAUGACAAUAGCAGUUGGUAUCAUAUUUGGACUUAUUUUCUGGAACAAAGGCGACAAGACAAAAAAGCAACAAGAUCUUCUGAAUUUGCUGGGAGCAAUGUAUUCUGCUGUGAUGUUCCUUGGAGCCACCAACACAUCCUCAGUGAUGUCUAUUGUGGCAGUAGAAAGAACAGUUUUCUACCGUGAAAAAGCAGCUGGAAUGUAUUCAGAACUGCCUUAUGCAUUUGCUCAGGUUGCUAUAGAGGCAAUAUAUGUUGCAUUCCAGACAUUAAUAUACAGUUUAUUGCUUUACUCAAUGAUUGGGUUCCCUUGGAAAGCUGAAAACUUCCUGUGGUUCUACUUCUUCAUAUACAUGUGCUUUAUGUACUUCACAUUGUAUGGAAUGAUGCUUUUGGCUCUCACUCCAGGCCAUCAAAUUGCUGCCAUUGUUAUGUCUUUCUUCCUCAGCUUCUGGAAUCUGUUCUCUGGCUUCCUCAUUCCUAGGAAGCAAAUACCAAUAUGGUGGAGAUGGUACUACUGGGCAUCACCAACUGCUUGGACAAUAUAUGGUCUGAUCACCUCCCAGUUGGGAAAGAUAUCAGAUGAAGUAGAGGUACUAGGAGAUACAUCCAUGCAAGUGAAGGAUUUCCUGAAGAACGAAUUGGGAUUUGAAUAUGAUUUCCUUGGAGCUGUUGCAGUUGCCCAUAUUGGUUUUGUUGUCCUUUUCUUGUUUGUCUUUGCAUAUGGAAUCAAGUUCCUCAACUUCCAGAGAAGAUAGCUGCGUACAAGGCUCUGUAUGAGAAAUCAAGAUUCAGAAGGGAAAGAAAGAAAAUUAGGGAA